UUGAUGAGAAUAGAUGCCUUAUUGAGGUGACCGAUGAUUUGAGAAAAACUUGACCUGUUUUGAUAUAUCAUUAGGCUAGGUGACUCGUUAGUUGCUACUUUUCUGAUCGAGUCGCUUAGAAAAAGGCGACUUGAUCUAGCUAAUACAAAUUGUUUUGUAAAAUCAGGUCGAAAGGGAUGCCGCUGCAGACAGACUCCGACGGACGCAAACAGUCUCUGGAUUUAAUCUCAUCGCAUUUAAUCGGGAAGAGCAGCUUUUCUAUAAAUUUAAAAGGCCUCAGAAUAACUCCCUCUCGACCGAGUGCUUUUGUAAGAUGUUUAAGCUCAAGUGCGAAUUAGUAGCUCAGCUGUGAAGUGAAGACAGGAGCGUUAAUAACCAGCAAGCUAACCGCUAACUUAGCUAACGUUAGCUAGUCAAAGAUAAAGCGCGGAUCGUUAAGCUUUUACGUCGCCGAGUGACUGCUUGGGAUAAGAAAACGAGUGUCUACAGUCUGCGGAUUGACUUCUGAACCUGUUAUUUUCUGUCUCUGCUGAAAAUACUGCUCGACAGCAAUGAAAUUGUUGGAAAACUCCAGCUUUGAAGCUCUCAGCUCCCGACUGUGUGUUGAAACAGGAGAGUCUCGCAUCCUUGGCAGGAUCGAGAGUUACUCCUGCAAGAUGGCAGGAGACGAUAAACACAUGUUCAAGCAGUUCUGCCAGGAGGGGGAGCCACACGUCCUGGAGGCUCUUUCUCCCCCUCAGUCCACCAGCGCCACCAGCCCUUCACAACUGGGGAAGAGCAGUGAGGAUGGGGAAAACCCUCUGAGUGACAAGUGUUGCAGGAAGACUCUUUUCUACCUCAUCACCACACUCAACGAGUCUUUCAGGCCGGACUAUGACUUCAGCGCAGCACGGGCCCACGAGUUCAGCCGAGAACCGAGUCUCAACUGGGUGGCUAAUGCAGUAAACACCAGCUUGUUCUCAGCUGUGGGAGAGGAGUUCAACUCUCUUGGCCCGGAGCUGUGGAACGCCGUCGACCAGGAGAUUAACCUGCAGGGCUGUGACAUUUACAGCUACAACCCUGAUCUGGACUCGGAUCCUUUUGGUGAAGAGGGGAGCCUCUGGUCCUUCAACUACUUCUUCUACAACAAGAAGCUCAAGAGGAUUGUAUUCUUCACAUUUCGCUCUGUCAGCGUCCUGAGUGGCUAUGGCCGUGAUUGUCUCGACAAUGAGCUGGACAUGGAGCUGGAUGAUGAGGAGGAAAUGGAUGGCUUUACUGAGGACAGGUGCCCCAGAGCUCUGUGCGUGUGAAUUUUCCCAGACGACGCGCCUUGGCCAAAGAAUAUCUCGGCUUUUCCUCCUUCGCCUCAUCCUACCUUUUUUGUUUUUGGGCUGUUGCUGCCUUUCAUCCAAAGCCAUGUUCACACUUUAGACAAAUGCAUGUUUGAAGCCUUCUGUUCUGCUGGCAGUGAACUGUGUACCGUGAGAUGGUGGACAUUUUGUAAAGACCCCACGGUAACUUUAAGCUCCUUCAUUCUCCAGGAUGGCUUUUGACCCAAAGCUCCAGGCCCAAGCAGAACACAUUGACACAUACCGGGCUUCUAUACACUUGUCACAUUUCCAAAGAGACCACUUCAUGGACUUUUCGAGAAGGAGGUCGUCUUGUUAUGGAUGUGUGGCCUAGAGGACUGCAAGCGAGUUGGGUUUCUUGCAAAUGAUGUCAAAGCGGAGUCCAGAUAACACCAGCACCAAUGAAGACAGGUAAAAGUUUAUAAUAUUCCAACCUGGGACGGGGCUGGGUCCAUUUUAAAAGUCCUAUUAAGGCUGACUGAUCAGCUGAAAACUCAGCUGUUGUUCAUUGUUUGCUACUUUGUGUGUUGCUUUUUAUGUGUGACAGUGAUGUUACUGUGAGAACUUUUUUUAGCACUGAGUUUUAAAUCUAAAAACGCUGCAUUUAUAACUGUAUUAUUGAACCAUAUUACUGCGAACACGUGUCUGUACUUGUUAGACAGGAGGAAGCUGUUGGCACCUGGGUUGCAGCUUAGAAAACAUAUCAGCUUUUAUCAGACGUUCACUAUUAGUCAGUUUCAUUUCGUAUGUCGCCUAGAUCCAAUAUUUUUUCAUUGUCUCCUUAACCUAUUCCUGUUUAACCUUCAUUUCUAAAUGUCUUGUCUUGCCAGUGUUUUCUUUGCUCAUUACCUCAGUGCAAAGGCGUCAUUGAUAAGUGAAUGUAUAGUACAGUUUGGAGGGAAAAAAACACAGAAAAUCUUAACAGAAAAAUGACUGAUAUGUUCGGCAUUGUUUUUUAGAAACUAAGCUCCUCUUUACGUUCCUUUUAAAAGUGGGUAGGAGUUCUGUGUCUUUUCUUGACUGCUUUGUGCUUUGAUUGGCCGAUAUAUUACAGAUGUGAAUAAACUGGUGUUUGAAUCAGA